GCAAAUGCCAGCAAUUUAAAGAAUUUCCUUUCAGCAGUGAAACUGGCUCACCAAGGGACCGACAUCGGAGCUCUCCCGCUCUCCGCUUUGGUACCAGCAAAGACCUCGGAAGUUGAAAAACCGAAGACAAAAAUGAUCAUAACUUCAAGGAGGGACUAUCCUCUCACCAAGAACUUCCCUUACUCCCUCGAACAUCUCCAAGCCUCGUACUGUAAACUUGCUCGGAUCGACACGCGCGUGCUUUGUCUGAAGAAACUCCGAAAACUAGACCUUAGUCACAAUCACAUUAAGCAGCUGCCAGCUACUAUUGGUGACCUGAGCUGCCUUCAGGAGCUUAGUCUGCAUGACAAUCACCUGGAGUCCUUCAGUGGGGCUCUAUGCAACUCCACCCUUCAGAAAUCUCUUCAGUUCUUGGACCUUAGCCAAAACAAAAUCAAAGCGCUUCCAAUUCAGUUUUGCCAGCUGCGAGAACUCGUUCAUUUAAAGCUCGAUGACAAUGAGUUGAUUAGGUUGCCAUUCAAGAUUGGCCAGUUAGAUCAUCUACGCUUCCUGUCAGCCACUCGAAACCAACUUCCCUUCUUGCCCAGUGAUUUUAGGAAACUCUGCCUUGAGAAGUUGGAUCUCUUUGGAAAUCCUUUUGAACAGCCUAAUCCACUUGUUGCCAACAUACAGCUAAAAAUACCGUUGACUUUAUUAGAGUGUGCUGCAAGAGCAACCCUAAAUUACAGAAUCCCUUAUGGUUGUCAUCUCCUUCCUUCUCACCUUUGCGAAGAUCUGGAAGUGGCUAAAACAUGCCAGUGCGGAAGUGCCUGCCUGAGCAGCUUCAUUCAGAUCACGGUGACCAUGAAUCUCCACCACGUAGCUCAUACCGUGGUCCUUGUGGAUAACAUGGGAGGUACGGAAGCGCCCAUCAUCUGCUACUUCUGUUCCCUGGACUGCUAUUCCCAGUUCCUGGAUAGGUACCUGCAGAGUAACGAGUAA